AAAAAUUGAGAUUUUGUUUUACGCAAGAUAGAAUAAUGUAGAAAUGUUUCAUGUGUUCAAACAGAAAGUCUUGAAAGAAGAGCCACCUACGUAUGAAGUGAGCCGAGUCGUAGUUGUAGGGAGCAAACAGAGCCAACACUGCUCACAAUAAUCCAUAGCCGACUCAACAAUUCCAAAAAAAAACAAACUUUAGAGAGAGAGAGAGCGUCUAAUCAACCCAACACCCUCUGUCAAGAAAAGUCUGACUUUCUUCUCCAUCACCAUCUCUAUCUGCGCAUGUUUCCUCCAUAAAAACCAAAACAAAACUCCCCAAAUCUCACUCCCUCGUACCAAAAGUUCCAACCUUUUACCCAAAAGCCCCAAUCUUUCUUCUUUCCCGCGUCUUCUUGAUGACGACGUCUGACUCCGGCGAAUCACGACGCACGGCGAUGAGACCUCACGGCGGAAUAACGGGGCUUCCACCGGCCACGGAGCAGCAAGAGCAGCUCCCGUGUCCUCGCUGCGACUCAGCCAACACCAAGUUCUGUUACUACAACAACUACAACUUCUCCCAGCCUCGCCACUUCUGCAAAUCCUGUCGCCGUUACUGGACUCACGGCGGAACUCUCCGCGACAUUCCCGUCGGCGGUGGCACUCGCAAAGCCGCGAAACGCUCCCGCACUUGCUCCUCCUCCGCCGGAGUCCUCAACGCUCCGUUGCAAGCGACGCCUGUUCUCUUCCCUCAAACGUCGCUCUCUAACGACGGUAGCCACGCCGUUAACGUUACCGCACCCCUCGAGAACGACGGAAAGGGAGGUUCUUUAUCUCUCUGCGGCAGUUUCACAUCUCUCCUGAACCAAAACGGCAACGCAGCGAGUGCCACGACGCAUGGAACAGGCGGGUUUGGAAGCGGACUCGGGUCGGGUUAUGAUGACGUCAGCUUCGGACUCGGAAGAGCGGCUUGGCCGUUUUCAACCGUGGGUGACGCUGCAACGACGAAUGCAGUGAGUAACGGUGCUCAUCACGCGGUUCAGAUACCAUCCACGUGGCAGUUCGAGGGUUUAGAGAGCAGCAACGCCGGUGAGUACUUUGCGUGGCCGGACCUCUCCAUCACAACGCCAGUGAGCUCACUCAAAUGAAUGCAAAGCGUCUGUCUUUACUAGAGGGUUUCUAUUUCUUUGGCUUUGUCUGAUCUCUUAGUCUUAGUGUGUCUGGUCGUUUUAGAACUUGUGUAAUGAAACUAGAAAACAGAGCAAGUUUGUGUUUUUUUUUUGUCUCUGAGAUCUCUACCUUGUUGCUUUGGACUCUGUUAUUACAGUUGCAAUGAUGAUACUUGUUUUGGAA